GCGCCGAUCCCGCCCACAGCGCGGCGGUCCGGUUUCCGGCGGGAGCCUGGACCACCAGGCGGAAGGGAAGCUGUUGUCGGUGAUACCUGAGCUGCCCUUUGCGGUGGUACCCGCCAAAAUGCCUCACUUAGAGAAUAUGGUCCUUUGUCGCGAGUCCCAAGUCUCCACCUUGCAGUCCCUGUUUGGAGAGAGACAUCAUUUCAGCUUUCCAUCCAUUUUUAUUUAUGGACAUACUGCCAGUGGAAAGACCUAUGUAACGCAAACUUUGUUGAAAACAUUAGAGCUCCCGCAUGUCUUUGUGAAUUGUGUCGAAUGCUUUACCUUGAGGCUACUUUUGGAAAAGAUUUUAAACAAGUUGAGUCAUCUUAGUUCUUCAGAGGAGGGAUGUUCUACUGAAAUAACCUGUGAAACAUUUAAUGACUUUGUUCGCUUGUUUAAACAAGUAACCAAAGCUGAAAGUCUCAAGGAUCAAACUGUAUACGUUGUUCUAGAUAAAGCAGAAUAUCUAAGAGAUAUGGAAGCAAAUCUUUUGCCAGGAUUUCUUAGGUUACAAGAAUUGACGGACAGAAAUGUGACUGUUAUCUUUCUCAGUGAAAUUAUUUGGGAAAAGUUUCGUCCAGAUACUGGGUGCUUUGAGCCAUUUGUCUUGUAUUUUCCUGAUUAUAGCAUAGGGCACCUUCAAAAGAUCUUAUCCCAUGAUCGUCCUCCAGAAUAUUCACCUGAUUUUUAUGCUGCCUACAUUAAUAUUCUUCUUGGAGUUUUCUAUACUGUUUGUCGGGAUUUGAAAGAGCUUAGACAUCUGGCAGUACUUAAUUUUCCUAAAUAUUGUGAACCUGUGGUUAAAGGAGAAGCAAAUGAACGUGAUACUCGCAAACUGUGGAGAAAUAUUGAACCUCAUUUGAAGAAAGCCAUGCAGACUGUUUAUCUCAGAGAAGUUUCAAGUUCCCAGUGGGAGAAGCUACAGAAAGAUGAUUCAGAUUCUGGACAACUAAAAGGUCUCUCAGCAUAUACUCAUGUGGAACUCCCAUAUUACUCUAAGUUUAUUCUAAUUGCUGCAUACCUCGCGUCAUACAAUCCAGCAAGAACUGACAAGAGAUUCUUCCUUAAGCAUCAUGGAAAAAUCAAGAAAACCAACUUUCUAAAGAAACAUGAAAAGACAAGCAAUCAUCUACUUGGACCAAAACCAUUUCCAUUAGACAGAUUAUUAGCAAUAUUAUAUAGCAUUGUGGACAGCAGAGUUGCUCCAACAGCAAAUAUCUUUUCCCAGAUUACUUCUCUAGUGACUCUUCAACUGUUAACCCUGGUUGGCCAUGAUGAUCAGCUUGAAGGACCAAAAUACAAAUGCACAGUUUCGUUAGACUUCAUCAGAGCUGUAGCAAGAGUAUAAAAAUAUACAUCCACAUCGUCUGUUGAAUCGUAUUCUUGGAUCAUACAGAUUUAGUUACAAUACGCUUACAGGUCAACCACUGCUAAAAGACUGAAAAGAAUGAAAACUACAAAUGAGGACAGAUGAGCUCUGCGUUUAUGUAAUGAUAGAACAGGUGUUUGGAAGAUAAACAAUGUUCAGAAGCAAAGAAGAUUUAAAUACUUUUGCAUCUCUAAUUACUUUAUUCUGAUUAUUAGACAAAAAGCAAAUAGCUUUCAAAUGAAAUCUAAACUUUCUGUAGUGUAAUUGAAAUACAGCAUGUUGAUUAGCUCUAACUUUGUUUCUUUUCUUUUUUCUUUCAUUAUUUUUUUUAGAAAAGUAAACUUUAUGGAAAAAUAAGAAAACAAGUUUUUAAUGAAAUGUGUUCUUAGCAUCAUUUUUGAAAAGCUAGUGUCAAGGAUAGCAUGAUACAUUUGAUAGCACUAUAAGAUUAUUUAGUGUUAGGUGUGUAUUAUUUUGCAUGUGGUUCCCAGAAUCAUACAAAGCUGAGCAAUCCAGAGGUAAGAAUGCUGACAUGUUAUCUGUUUUUGU